CAGUCAUCGCGCUCGCACCUCCGCUAGUCGCACAGGGCGACACAUUCUAUUACCAUCGCACAUUACCUCCCGCCCGCCAGCCUCACCCCACGGGUGCCGCAUAUUAAUACACGGCGCACACCUGAGGUCUGCUCCCACAGUGACUCUGUCUGCCGGUUACAUGGCCCCAAUUACGGGAUCCUCACAUAGUUUCCAGAAGCUUAGAAUCAAUACCUCGACGCCCAAGCACGUUCCCUCCACCUUCGCGUCUAUUCGGCGCGAUACCCACCACAAUGGCGACGCUGAGUCCCAACUGUCGGCACACUUCGCAGAUGCCGACGACCUCCAUCAGGCUCAGGCCAUUCCCAUAAAGCGCGACGGUCCCACCAGAAAUGGUCACCCACCUUACGCCCACCAAGACCCCGCCGUUGCCGUCACCAGCAGCAGCAGCAGCGAAGAAGACAUUGAGCAGCAGUUCCGCCGACGAGCAAAGUCCAUCACCUUCAACGAGGAAGUCAUCCUCGACAGCGGGAAUCGUCAUGCGAUCGAAGUACCUUUGCCCAAGUCGAACACGGCGCCGCGUAGUUUCGAGAGCGAUGGCUCCAACGAGCACGAGUACCUGGAAAUGCAGAUGCGUCAUAGACGACGUCCACAGCAGCCAAAGAACGCGUCAAGAUAUCCUCUUCUCCAGACCACCGUCGAUGAGCUUGCUGCAGAUCAAGAGUACAAUGACAAUGUUGCAUCUCUGACUUCAGAGACGACGGCAUCGCCAUUGGAAGAAGUGCACACGCCUCGAGAUGAGCCUUCCGAGUAUGCCCUCUCUCCUCUACCCACCAGCUCCCCCAUUGGAUUUCAGAUGGGCGAAAAGAAGAGGCGCGGUCCGCCAGGGCGUUCCAAGAGCUAUCAAGUGGGAGAAGGCGACAGCAUUCUCCGGCGAGGAAGCCGCCGCGCUUCAACCCGCACUGGCCGUUCCUUGUCGUCCAUGUCACCGGCCGCGUCUUUCUUGGCUAGUUACAAGACCCACGGUCCACUCAAGCCUCCGCAGCCCGACGACGAAGGCCAAGGCAUCGGCUACGAUGGCGAGUACAUCAUCGGAAAGCAAAUUGGCUGGGGCGGGUUCAGCUUCGUGAAGGAGGUCAUGAGCUUUGAGAACGGCAAAAGAGUUACCAAUGCGGUCAAGAUUGUUCGUAAGCAGGUUGAAGAUAAGGAUGAGCUCGAGAACGACCAAAUCCAGACCCAAUUCGACCAUGAGGUGGAAAUCUGGCGGUUCCUACGACACCCUUAUAUACUUCCUCUUCUUCGGGUGUACACGACCGACUUUGCGACAUUUUGUAUCACCAAGCUGAACAAAGGCGGCACGCUCUACGAUCUGGUACGCGACAUGCGCAAGAAGAAGAAGAAAGGUUUGGCGCCGAAACUGGCGAAGCGCUAUACCUACCAAAUUGCAUCGGCGGUGCGCUACCUCCAUAAUGACGUCCAAGUUGUGCACCGCGACCUCAAGCUGGAAAACUGCCUCCUGGACAUGAGUGGGCCACAGGCUGACGUCGAGGGCGGCGAUGUGCUGCUGUGCGACUUCGGCAUGGCGGAUUUCAUCGUCAGCGACCAGCGUGACUGCCCUGAACCGCAGUCCGUUGGUAAAAACCACAACAUUGGGCCUUCUGGAACGAGCACAUGCAUCGUGGGUAGUCUGCCGUACGCUGCGCCUGAGCUGUUUACCGCCAAUGGUCCGAUCUUCUCUCCAGCUGCAGAUAUUUGGGCCUUUGGGGUGGUUGUGUACGCGCUUCUAACCGGGUAUCUACCAUUCAACGAAGGCUUGGAUGCCAGGACAGCCAUCAGGAUCCAGAACGGCGAUUAUGAUCUUGAUCUUCUUCGAGACUCGAAUGCACUCCAGGAGAGUGACGCUGAAGAUGCGAUCGCCUUGGUGACUGGGUGUUUGACUCUCGAUGCCGAGAAACGCUGGACCGUCCACGAUAUCCUCGAAUGCCCUUGGCUGGCUGGCUGCGCAGACUUGUACGAAGAAGUGUCUAGGCAAUGGCUCGCAGACUCGUGAGUCUAGCCAACAAUUUGGACACUCGUGGUGAAAUGUGCCACCCAAAAUACACUCUACUGUCUCCGAGAAGACACAUGACGGCAAGGAGGCCAUUUGAUUGGUUCGAUACCCAUUGCGUUGCGGGCUCGCUGCCCUUUUCCUGUUCUUGUCUUUCCGUUGGUUCUGCAUUGCUCUGUUCAGUCUUUUUGUCGGUUUUCUCUGGUCUUGGUUUAUGGAUACCCCGCUCCCGUCUCUUCUGCAGCUGAGCUAUACGAUAUUGUACCCCCGGCAUGGCGUGUCUUCCGUUCAUGGCGUUGAGUAUCGGCAUCGGCAUCAGCAUCGGUUUGUGCCCUGACUGGUCAGCGUUUCCCGUCUUGCAAACUUACGAAAUUAUUGGUCUGCAGCGAGCUGCGUGUGCACAGGUUUGCUGCAUUAUGAGCUGUAGUUUUUAAAGCAGGUUCUAGGACUCGUGCAAUAUAUUAUACAUUCGAAUGUGAUCAUGGC